AUGGGCCUGCCGGCGCCCGAGUACCGAUACGCCGUGGUGCAGCGCCAGGUGAAGCAUGAGGAUGUAUUUUUCGUUCUGGACGGCCUGAGGCGCUGCGGUGUGGAUGGCGAGGCUGACCACGAUUGGAGGGUUUUCGGCGUCGCGGACGGCCACGGUGGGCAGCACUGCGCGGAGUUCGUCAAACAGAAUCUGGGGCCGACGCUGUCCAGGUUGCUGCCCGCGGCCGCGCGCAUGCCGUCGCUGGACACCCCAGAGGGCGAGGUGUUCGCGGAGGCGGUGCGGCGGGCGCUGGUGGAGGCCUUCACCUCACUGCACGCGGACUUCGAGUUCGAGGGAUGCCGCGCAUCAGGCACCACCGUGUCCAUCGCCGUGCUCCGCGGCUGGCUGCUGACCGUCGCCAACGUCGGCGACAGCGAGGUGUUCCUGGACACGCGCAACCACAUCGUCGAGAUGACGUGCUGCCACAAGCUGAACGAUAACGAGCCCGAGCAGCUGCGCCUCAGGUCCGCGGGCGUGAAGGUGGACAAGCUGUGCCGCACCAAACGGGGCCCUCCCGGCCUCGGGGAGAACGGCGUUGGGCCGCUGAGGGCUUGGCCGGGGGGCAUCGCGAUGUCCCGAUCCCUCGGGGACAUCGACUGUGGUCCGCACGUGCUGCCCGUGCCGCAUGUCCGGCAGGUCGUGCUUCCGAGAUCUGGCGUGCGUCUCAUCCUGGCAUCUGAUGGCCUGUGGGAUCACCUCUCCGGUGUCAAGGCAUGCAAGUACUCCAGGGCGUCGAUGCUCAGGCAGGCCCCAAAGCGGCUCCUCAGCCUGGCGACGUCCAUCGCUGGCCGCCUAUCUGACGACACCACCAUCCUGACAGUCGACAUCUUGCCACAGAAUAGCUACGAUUUUUCGGACACAGGGGACAGCAUCACGAGGUUGGUUGUGAGCGGUGUCAGGAAUCUUGUGCGGAAGACUGUGGUGAAGGGGCGGCGACUAUUGUCUGGCUCGAAGCACGGUUACUCGUACUACGCAGAUGUUGACGGUCUGGUGGAGUACCCUGAGGUACUGCAGACUGACGUGUCGUCAGGGUCUUCGACGCCCUCAAAAUCGCCGACCCCUCCGUCAUCUCCAGUCACUGCGGGCAGCAUCCCAGUGGCAAAGGAGGUGUCGGGGGAACUGUCCAAAACAUCUUCCGAGGCCUGGGACAUAUGUUCCUCUCCAUGGAAUUACAACUUUGUGGGAAUGGAUCCCUGCAUGAGCAACAGCCCAAGGCAGAACGACCUGGCUGGGGAGAACUGGAAGAUUAUGGACUCUGCCCAAUUUUAUGCCGACGACACUUUCGGCAACCCCUCAAAGAAGGGCCCCUUGGGCCAGUGCCUGCUUGGGCUCGCCAUUGAAGAGGGCGACUCCAACAACAGUGCUGGGGAAAUGUUUGAGCCGUUGCAUGUGGGGACUUGA